CGCAAUAUUCAACCCUUUCUCUCUCUCUCUCUCUAAAACCCACACCCAACACUCUCUCUCUCUCUAAAUACCCAAAAUAACGGCCUUCUUUCUCAAAUCAAAACCAAAUCUUUAGAGACCAAAUCUUUGGGGUUGGGUUUGAAUCGGAAUGGUGGUGAAGAUGAUGAAGUGGCGGCCGUGGCCGCCGCUGAACACGAGGAAGUACGAGGUGAGGCUGGUGGUGCGGCGGCUGGAGGGGUGGGAUCCGGUGCGGGAGGAGGAGGAGGAUUCCGGUGAGAGUAAGUUGACCGUUGAGAUUAGGUGGAAGGGGACCAGUAGGGGGAAGGUGGGGCCCCUGAGCUCGCUACGGCGGGCCGUGGUGAAGAGGAACUUUACGAAGGAGGUGGAGGCGGGUCAAGACGGCGUCGUUCAGUGGGACGAGGAGUUUCACAGCGCUUGCGCUUUUAAUUCGUACAAGGACAAUGUGUUUCAUCCUUGGGAGAUCGCCUUCACUGUGUUUGAUGGUCUGAAUCAAGGGCCAAAAAUUAAAGCUCCUGUUGUGGGAACAGCAUCGGUGAACCUUGCUGAAUUUGUUGCCGCAGCUGAAGAAAAUGAGCUUCAGUUAAAUAUUCCCCUGAUCACAUCUGGCGGUGCUGCUGAGCCCUGUCCCUCACUUUGUAUAUCGCUUGGCUUAUUGGAAUUGAGAACGGCUCAAGAAAUGACAGAGCCGGUGCAGGGAUCAAUUAUUCCUGCUCCAUCACCAGCCCAAUCAAGAGAAACUGUAUCUGCAGAAAAGGAUGAGCUUUCUGCUCUUAAAGCCGGUCUUAGGAAAGUAAAGAUUUUUACAGAGUAUGUGUCCACCAGAAAAGCGAAAAAACCCUGCCGUGAAGAGGACGGCAGUGAAGGUAGGUGCUCUGCCAGAAGUGAGGAUGGUGAGUACAACUAUCCAUUUGACUCUGAUUCACUUGACGAUUGUGAAGAAGGUGAAUCAGAUGAUGUCAAAGAUGAUUCCAGUGUCAGGAAGUCAUUCAGUUAUGGCACACUGGCCCAUGCAAAUUAUGCUGGAAGAACAAUAUACUCCAAUAUGAGAAUCAAUGGCGAAGGUGAGGAUUGGGUUUAUUACAGCAAUCGCAAAUCAGAUGUGGGGUGCUCACAGGCCGAGGACUCAUCUGUAUCAGUCUCUGAGCCAUCUGCUAGUUCAAAGCGGGGCUUACUACCUUGGAGGAAGAGAAAGCUGAGCUUCAUUCGGUCUCCUAAAGCUAAAGGAGAACCAUUGUUAAAGAAGGCUUAUGGUGAAGAAGGUGGUGAUGACAUUGAUUUUGAUCGUCGGCAGCUUAGCUCUGAUGAAUGUCUAUCUCUCGGGUGGCAGAAGACAGAGGAGGAUUCAUCUGCUAAUCGGUCAUCAGUUUCAGAAUUUGGGGAUGAUAAUUUCGCCAUAGGCUGUUGGGAGAACAAGGAAGUGACGAACCGUGAUGGACACAUGAAGCUUCAAACACAGAUCUUCUUUGCUUCUAUUGAUCAGCGGAGUGAGCGGGCAGCGGGUGAGAGUGCAUGUACGGCUCUUGUCGCAGUGAUUGCGGAUUGGUUUCAGAAUAACCCUGACCUCAUGCCCAUAAAGUCCCAGUUUGAUAGUCUGAUUCGAGAAGGAUCGUUAGAGUGGAGGAAUCUUUGUGAAAAUGAGACAUAUAUGGAGAGAUUCCCAGACAAGCACUUUGAUCUUGAAACUGUCCUCCAAGCCAAAAUACGUCCUCUUUCUGUAGUUCCGGGAAAAUCUAUCAUUGGGUUUUUCCAUCCUGAGGGGGUGGACGAGGGACGAUUUGAUUUUCUACAUGGUGCAUUGUCCUUUGAUAACAUUUGGGAUGAGAUUAGCCGUGCUGCAUCUGAAUUUUCAAGCAAUGGGGAACCUCAAGUUUAUAUUGUUAGUUGGAAUGACCAUUUCUUCAUCCUCAAGGUUGAACCAGAAGCUUACUACAUCAUUGAUACAUUAGGGGAGAGGCUCUAUGAAGGAUGCGACCAGGCCUAUAUUCUUAAAUUUGACAGCAACACGACAAUUUACAAAAAGCAAAAUGUUGCACAGUCAUCUGAUGAUAAAACAGCCAGUGAUCAGCCAAUUGUGGCAGGAGCUGGUGAACCCAAGAACCAGCAAAUGCAGCAGGUCAAUGGGAAAGAGGAGGGGUCUAUAGUAGAGGCAGAGAUAACCAAUCCAGAGGAGCAGAAGGAGGAAGAGGAGGUCGUGUGCCGAGGGAAGGAGGCCUGCAAAGAGUACAUAAAGAGCUUUCUGGCUGCUAUUCCAAUAAGGGAAUUGCAGGCAGAUAUCAAGAAAGGACUAAUGUCAUCCACACUAGUUCAUCAACGUUUACAGAUUGAAUUCAAUUUUACCCAGUUCUCGAAACUGCUGCCUACUACUAGUCCACCGGCAGAAGUAACCACAGAUGCGUCACAAAGUCCAGCAGCAGAAGUAACCACAGAUGCGUCACAAAGUCUCCAACUUUUUACGGCAGAGGUUGUUGCUGAAUAAGAGUGUAAAUUUUAGGAAGUGUGAUUACUCUAACGUUCUUUUCUUUUUUAUCUUUUCUCAACUGAGUGUCUCUAAUGGGAACUGGGAUUAACAAAUAGGAAAGUACUCAAUUUUUUUGAGUACCAUGGGAGAGAGGUGAGCUUGUGUCCGAUCUAAGAUAGGCUGGAAAUGAAAGUGUAUGUUUCCGCAGUUGAAUUUUAUGUCUGUUUACCUAAUUUGAUGUGGCAUUGCUUUUAAGUAGCCUAAUCUCUCUGGUAAAUGUGUAUUCUGUACAUGACUCUGUAAUCUCUCUUUCAGACUACUCAGCUCUUACUUCUUACCAGUGUAA